AUGCGUGACGUGUGUCCAGCCGCCCGGACCGCUGCCACGGGGCACACCCCCUGGGCGCGGCCUCCUCUUCCCGGUCGACAAGGCGCGGUGCUUUGCUGUCGGCGCUGGGCGACCCACCACCAGGCGGCUUACACUGGGCGGCAUGCGCAGCAGGAAGCACGGGUUCUCUGGGCGGCAGCCGGAAACCGAUGGGCAGGGAGCGAAGAGCUGACGUGGCGAGUCAGCUGCGUCGCAGGGUGGCUGGGUGGUCAACUUGGGUCUGGGAGGGACGAAGCAUGCAGGCAAGGGCGAAGCUUGGCGGGCCGGAGUGGACCUCCGGCGUGGCGCCGAGGGAGCUGCGGGGCCGGGGGGGUUGUCGAUGCUUGUUCAAGGUCACAUGGGAUUGUUUAG